GGUCAUGACAACAUUCGCCAGUAGCCCUUCUUGGUAAAGCUGUGAGAUAAUCCUUAGCUGGCAGCUACUUAUCAUCCGCUCCAAAUCAUGCCCAGUAGCCGUGGUGCCCUGACCCUCAAAGGCAAUCCUUCCGCCUCCGCCUCCGCCGCUACCGUGGGACAUCGCUUCCACCUAUCUAUAUAAGUGAAACAAUGUCCUUCAACCGUCCUUCAUGUCUACUACAUCCUCCCAGAAACCCUCCAAGCAGUCGCAUGAGACGGUGAACAAUCGUCUCAUUGAAGUCGGUGCCAAGGACCAGCGCGCCUACGAGCGUGCUAGGCACCAGACAAAGGAGCGGCAUGAGCACGCACAGGCGAAGGAGCGCAAGGAGAGGGCGGCGACGGGAUCUCCAGCUCCAGCGCUCAAGGAAGGGCAUGCGAGCCGGGCUUCCAAGAGGGCCAGCAUAGAGUUAUGGGAUGGCGAUGAGCUUGACUCUCGUCCUCUCACCGGAUCGGGGCGCCCCGUUAAUGUCGCACCAGUGCCGAGGAACAAGUCUGGUUUCUCCAAGAUGGCGCUUGCGGAUUUCGUGACAUUCAAGACCAAGAAGUUAUCCAAGGCGCAAGAUGUUGACUUUGAGGUCCUCCCGUCUGUCCGUUCGGUCAUUGCUCUUGAUGACUUUGGACACGACAUUGAGAUCAAUGAGCCUUGGGAAUUCAUAUCUCUUGCCCCCGAAUCACCCACUUGGAAAGGCUUGUCGUACGCCCAGGCCGCUGCUUUGGCACCUUAGAUCAUAUUAUUGCGUUCAACAUUUAAUCAGUAUCAUACCACAUCCGUUACGACUUAGUUGUUUCCUGAUUUCAUUCAUUACGAACCCACAUUACAUCUUCGAGUUGGACGACGUAUCGUCUUGGUUCCCGUUAUAAUUCUACUUACCGAACUAGGCGGUUUAUUUGGACUUUUGAGGAUCAAUAAAUUGAUUGGUGUUGGAU